GGCACUGCACGCCAAGUUCUCCCACGAGGCUCAACAUCAGCCUCGAGUUUAAGUCAGCGGCAUACAAGCCACGUCAAAUCGAACAACAGCCUUCCACCCAUAACCACCGCAAAGCAACCAAUGCAACCCCGCCAUGUGUUCUCCCUGUAUUAGGUGAACUGUCCGGACAAAUCAAUCAACAUUAGCAAUAAACUCAUUCAGCAUGGCGUCCGCCUCUGCACCUGUAACGACACCACCGAUGACGCCAAAGGCGAUGUCGACGUCGACGUCGGACGGCUCGCCAUCGACCGACUUUGACAUAGUGGCCUUCUACAACGACCUGAUCAGCCGGGAGACGACGAUCAGCCGACCAAUUGCGGCGAUAGAAUCGCUGAUUUCGCUGCUGGCGAGCACGCCACUAACGACAAUCUCGGAAACGCUGGCCCUCCUGUCGACACAUUCGAGCAAAUUACUGGCAUCGCAACGCAACCCAAUCCCACUGUCGGCCGGCACGGAGCUGUUCCAGCGGUACCUGGUCAGCUCGUUCCAACAACGACCAUCGUCACUGGCCAACUCGGACUUCACGACGCUGCGACAGCACAUCCUGACGACGUCGUCGCUGUUCGUCAAGCGGGCCAACGAAGCGCGCCCCAAGAUCGCGCACCACGCCCUUCCGUUCUUGAGGGACGACUCGACCGUCUUCACUUACGGCUACAGUCGCGCCGUACAGACGCUGCUGACCCACGCGGCCGAAGCGAACCGCUCCUUCAACGUCGUCUACAUCCUACCCGCGUCCGGGGUAACCGGCCCAGUGUCCCAGUCCAUCGCCGCCCUGAAUUCCCUGUCCAUCCCCACGGCCACCAUCUCUCUGCAGGCUUUGACCUACGCUCUGGCUUCCAUGCCGCCCUCUUCUCCCCCACCCCAGUUCAUCGUCGGGGCCACCGCCGUGCUGGAAAACGGCUCCAUCGUCACCGACCUCGGCAUGCACCAGCUGGCCUUGGUCGCAAAGUCCGUCCAUAUUCCUCUGCAUGUCGCCGUCGAAUCCUACAAGUUUGUCCGCAACUUCCCGCUUGGCUAUGGUCCCGCCGACCUGGCGCGAAUGGGCGUGAAACAGAAUGUGCUGCAAUUCCAAACCGCCGCAACCACCAAAGAUUCCCAGACCCCGGCCGAAGACACUCUCUUGUCGGAAGAGGAAAUGGUCGAAAUCACCCCUCCGCAAUACAUCGAUGCCCUGAUCACCGAGAAUGGCAUCCUGACCCCUAAUGCCGUGAGCGAGGAACUGAUUAAACUCUGGUUCUAAUCGCAAUCCAAACAUCUCUACGACCACUACAACCACAACCGUACUGUAGCCGCAAUAGAGAGUCCAGUCCUAUCUUGCCAAGGGGCCCCAAAGCAUCAAUCUUUUCUUUUUCUGCUCGGAGACAAUGAAAUGUCCCUGAUAACCAGCUUUCUUUCCAUUACGACGACAGUACAGGCGUGCAAGCUCUGAAGACUUGACUUUACUUAACAUACGGGCAAGGCAAGGCGAACCCAGACCACCCGCACCGCAGAAAGUUGGUUACUUUAUCUUUACCAAAGAACUUCUUUUGCGGGACCUUCGUUGAAGCAAUGAAAGAUGGAAGGAGCGGAAUGACAUGGCGUGGCGGAACGAGCAGAGGAAAUUGACCUUGACCCUUCUCUCCAAGUUGGGCUCCGGAUGGACAAGAUCUUGUCUCGCUGCAGUGGCAUGUGUUUCUAAUAUCGCUCGCCGUCACUGCCAGGAUCUGCAGCCCCUCCAUUCCCCCAUGAACAACUAUUUUCCAGGAUUCCCAUCCUGGGCCAUCCAUCGCCAAAGAGAGUGCCAGUGCCACCAGGCUAUGCUUGAUAAGAAUGAAUGUACUUAUUGGUUAUUGAUGGCAGGACGGCGCGCAGGACAGACACACAGGCAUUAGCAUUAUUCAAUAGGAAAGAGCUGUGUCAAAAAAUGCACUGAAGGACGAUGACGGGAAUUGUUGCAGGACUCAAGGAACACUGCAGCAUUGAUAGAAAGGACAAGCGGUCGUUCUAUUUUGGCCUCUCUCAAGAAGUCAACUCGUGCGAAGGGGUAAAGCGUGCACCUGUUCUACCUAGGUAGUGCUCAUUAGAGCGGUGAAAAAGUUCAUCAUCGUCAAUCAAAGCAGAACAAAAAAUUGAUUGUCACAGGAAUAAGUGGGAAGUGUCUAUAGACAUUGUACUACCUUCAUCGUAAUCAUCGGGCGAUCGUUGUAUCUCACGCAAGUCCCGUAGAAUCAAUGUUUGACCAUUCGGC